CUGCGCGCGGCCCGGCGCUACCCGUGGCCCACGAACGUGCUGCUCUACGCGGCGCUCUUCUCCGCCGGCGACGCGGUGCAGCAGCGCCUACGGGGCGGUCCCGCCGACUGGCAGCAGACGCGGCGCGUGGCCACCGUGGCCGUGACCUUCCACGCCAACUUCAACUACGUGUGGCUGCGCGUGCUGGAGCGCGCGCUCCCGGGCCGUGCUCCGCGCGCCGUGCUGGCCAAGGUGCUGUGCGAUCAGGCGAUCGGCGGGCCCGUGGCUGUCUCGGCCUUCUAUGCCGGCAUGAGUAUUCUUCAGGAAAAGGAUGACAUAUUUUUGGAACUGAAACAGAAAUUCUGGAAUACCUACAAGAGUGGUCUGAUGUACUGGCCCUUUGUGCAGCUGACCAACUUCAGCCUGGUUCCUGUUCACUGGAGGACCGCUUACACUGGACUGUGUGGUUUUCUGUGGGCUACCUUCCUUUGUUUUUCACAACAGAGUGGCGAUGGCACGUUCAAGUCCGCCUUCACCUUCCUUCAUGUAAAGGAGGCCAGUGCACUUGAAAGGCCCCCCGAGAAAUGAGAAGCCAAGGACUCCCUGAUGAUGAUCUUUUUUUUAAUGCAGUGACUUGCUUGCAGAUAUGAGUCUACUUAUCAGUUAUGUGCUCCGUUUUGGAGAAUUACUAUUGCGUAGACCCAACUGUUUCAUUAUCGAUGAGUACUUUAAAUUUCAUUCAAACCUUUUUCCCCAUGCUGGUCUGAAAGUAUUGCUUCUCUACUGUGUUCACGUCUCUAAUACUUAGUUACUAAUGGCAACAGUGCCAUCAUGGAAUUUUGUAAUUAUUACUGUUUCUAUUCUAAUAUUUUAAUGCCAGUUGAUUUAAAGAACCCAUUUUGCUUCUAAAAUCUCAGGUUGUCUCCUAAAUGCUUUGGAUCAGUUGAACUUUUAUACCAUAAAUAGUCCUUAGAUAAGUAAAUCUGUGUUUACAUAGAGCUCAAUCAAGGAGAAGAUUGAAUAACUGGAUUUUUUUCCUGGAAAUACUUUAUAAAAUAAUUUCUUGUUACCCUGAUGCUAAGUUCUCUAGGUAUAUUUUAUGUCA